CAAUAUUGAUCCAAAAACAUCACAGAGGUGGAAUACAACACAGCUUUCACUUUGCUUUACAAAACUACUUAUUUUUGGGCUGCAAAUUGAAAUGGCCUUAAAAAAUUAAAGAUAAGUACAAUAAAAACAGACACCAACAGCUGAAAGAUUAAUGAUGCUCACCAUUAAUGCUAUAAUCGGAGUUCUUUAUCACCUGUCUGACUUGACUGUUACUGCAGGAAAUAGGAUAAAGAUUGAGGAUAAUUGUUGUGCUUCAGUUUAAAAUGUAUUUGUGUUAGAAAGAAGAAAUAAAAUAUGCCUUAUCACAUGUAACUUUUUUAUUCUGCGGUAAAACUGAUUGACAUUAAACCUAGUAAAACCUACAGACUCUUAUUUUGACAUUAAACGGUGAGUAAAACCUGCUGAUGCUGCAGAAAUUUUUCUGUAUUUACACAGAGAAAAACUAAAAAUACAAACCAGAAAAUUGUCCAGAUUAAAGUCUCCUGAAUCAGAAUAAUUCACAUAAAUACUGAUGCAGCAGGACAGGAUUCAUUUACUGAUGAUUUAAUGAUGAUUUAUUGAUGGGUGGUUACUGUACCAGCUUUACCUUCAGAUCAGAAUCUGCCGUUGAACUGAAUCCUCAGCAGGAAGCUCAAACACACACACACACACGCACACACACACACACACACACACACACACACACACACACACACACACACACACACACACACACACACACACACACACACACACACACACACACACACACACACACACACACAUGCUGAUACACAGCUGUAGCUCCUCCUCUGUGCUGCAGUGUGUUUCUCUCUUUUCUUCUUCUCUUCAGUGUUUCAGCUGCAGCUGCUGAGGAUCCUGAACCUGAUCAUCCUGGUUCUGUGGAUCAUCCUGGUUCUGUGGAUCAUACCUGUUCUGGAGGUUCUCCUGGGUUCUCUGUGUUUUCCUGUUGUGUUGAAGAAAACAUGAGGAGCAGGGGAGGAGAACCGAGGAGUCCGACGUGAGGAGGAGAAGCUGCUGAGCAGACACUUAGAACACACCCAGACCUGUGAGAACAGUCUUGAUCAGUGGAACCUUCUGGUCUUUUCAAGGCGGCCAAACCUUUAAACACAACAGAAAUCGUUCUUGUGGAACCUGAUUUGAGAACUGUACCUUUAGAACUUUUCUGAAGAACCGCCUCUGAUGAACUUCUUUCAGGAACCGUCACUGUGGUCGGACAGAGGGAACUCUCAGUUUGACGGGUGUAAAACCUCUUUUGAAGAACUGUCUCAGGAGAACCUCUUUCAGGAACAUCGCCGCAGAACUUCUUUUCGGAAAGUCCCUGUAGAACCACUUCUAGGGUAGUUUUCAGAGAGAACAAAGUUCCUCCUCCAAGGUCGGUUCUUCUGGCCGGUUCUGAAACACUGCUGUGUGGACCUGGAUGCUGAUUGGUUAAAGCCAAAGACGACAGGUGGUCAUACUCCCCUGUGGAUCCACAGUGGUUGUUGUUCUACUGUCAGUUCUGUAGAACAUACAGCAGCAGGUGGUAACUUCGGGUCAUGUGGUUUAUCGAUAUGAGUCCAAAACAUUUACAGAACCUUUGUAUUCUCACAGACACAAUGGUUUAACACCAGAAUCAAUGGACCUGUUCAGGUCCGGAUUCACUCUGAUUCUGGUUCUGGCUGUAGAUAAAUGAGUCAGCAGACUUCCCAGCAUGCAAUGCUGUCCAGCAAAUUAUAAGCAAACCUUUAAAAUGUCUCAAAUAUCUUAAAACCAAACUUGGUUAACUUUGUUAACCAACUGAAACCAGACUUAGUGUGUCUACAGAGAAACUUGCAGAGGCUCAGGUUGACUCUUUAAUGGUCAGCUGUUGUCAGCCAUGUUGGAUGCAGACAUGUGACCUCAGAGUUCUCUGACAGAAAUCAGUUUGCUAAGUUGCAGGACCAAUAGGAGCUCAGCUUCCAUAAAAAUUCAUGUGUCUGAGUCAUGUGGUCAUAUGACCUAUUACCUCACACCUUGCUCUGACAGUGGCCGGGAUCAGCCAAUGAGCUGCUGCGGGCGGAGCCUAAAGCUUUGCAGUGAUGCACAUGGAGGUUGUCAAGGAUGGCAGGGAACUGGUCCGUCCUGAGGCUGUCAUCGCUGGCUCCACCCACCAGCGCUGUGAUCCCGCCCUCUCCCAACACCUCCCAGUACCCCCCCCUCUCAGACUGGGAGACUCCCAGCUUUACCCGAGCCGCUCAGUUUAGGGUCGGAGCCACCUUAGUCCUCUUCCUGUUCGCCGCCUGCAGUAACCUCGCCCUAUUGGUCAGCGUGUGGCGUGGGCGUGGCCGGCGGCUGGCGUCUCACCUGCGGCCGCUGAUGCUGAGCCUGGCGUCGGCCGACCUGAUGAUGACGUUCGUGGUGAUGCCGCUGGACGCAGUGUGGAACGUGACGGUUCAGUGGUAUGGUGGUGACGCACUCUGCAAGCUGCUCUGCUUCCUGAAGCUGUUCGCCAUGCACGCCUCCGCCUUCAUCCUCGUCGUCAUCAGCCUCGACCGCCAGCACGCCAUCCUGCACCCGCUGGAUGCUCUGAGCGCGCACCGCAGGAACAGACGCAUGCUGCUGCUCGCCUGGGGCCUCAGCCUGCUGCUCGCAUCACCACAGCUCUUCAUCUUCAGGACCAUCUCCGUGGACUCGGUAAACUUCACUCAGUGUGCGUCUCACGGCAGCUUCAGGCAUCGUUGGCAGGAAACCGUCUACAACAUGUUUCACUUCAUCACGCUGUACGUUGUCCCCCUGCUGGUGAUGAGCUGCUGCUACAGCCGCAUCCUGCUGCACAUCCACCAGCAGCACUUGAGGAACAAAGCAGGUGAGUCUCACCUGCGUCGCAGUGGCACCGACAUGAUCCCAAAGGCGCGGAUGAAGACGCUGAAGAUGACGGUGGUGAUCGUGCUGUCCUUUGUGGUGUGCUGGACGCCAUACUACCUGCUGGGGAUCUGGUACUGGUUCCAGCCCGACAUGCUUCAAGUCACACCUGAGUACGUGCAUCACGCCCUUUUCGUGUUCGGGAACCUGAACACCUGCUGCGACCCUGUCAUCUACGGCUUCUACACGCCGUCCUUCAGGGCCGACCUCGCUGCCUGCUGCCACCGCCGGCCGAGGAGCGACACCUCGCCGCGAUCCGUGGACCGACCGUCCGCCAGGCAGAGCCCUCACAGCGGCGAGCGGCAGGCUGCAGCAGACUGACGCCGGCCAAUCAGAGAGCAGCGGUGUGCCAUGUGACAGCAGGGACUUCCUUUGUUUAAAGUGCAGGUUUUUGUUCAGAGGGGAUUUUUGAGAUUAUUUUAUUUUUCUUUGAGCAGAUUUAAUCACACAGAAUCAAACUAAAUGAAGUGUUGUAAAGCAUUUGACUGUUUUUCACUUCUGUUUCAGAGCUGAAGCUGCAUCUUUAAUGGUCACAGAUGAAUUUAAAACCAUUAACAGAAUUUGAUUCUUCAUUUGUGUCUUGACCUUGUUAAAUUAAUUUAAGUCUUUCAUCUGCCAUCACGUCCUGAAUCCGUUCACAGCCUCACUGACUUUUUUAUUCAUGGCAGGUUUAUGAUAAAUUCACAUGUAAUAAAUGUUGAAUCGUGCCUCUUCAGCCUUUUCCUCCAGUAAACUUCUGGACGGUCAAACAGCUGGAAACUGAGUGAUGAAACCUUUCUGCUGCCAUUUGGUAAAGAUCUGAAGACGAUCAUGAGGAAUAAAAAACAGAAAUUCAUCAAAGUGAAUCUGAAUGUUUAGAUGAUCGUCAGAUCAAAGAAUCUCACUGAACUUACUUGGUCUUUAAAACAGAAAACCUCAUAUUUCAUGUCGUGCUGUAGAGGAAUAAACUCUGGUUUAAUCACUAAAACAAGGAUUUGAUUCCUUAUCAGCACACUGUCAGUGGGCAGGUUGCUGCUCAGAGGUUGUUUCCUGUAAUGAAGAGAUUUUAAAAACAGCAAAAGUCUUGUAAAACAGCACAUUUAUACCUGAAGUCUGCUGCUGAGUCGGGUUUAGGUUUGUGUAAAGUUUGUUCAUCCUGCAGGACGAAGCAUCAGAUCAGCUGAAGAAACAAGUGAAACUGAUGGAACCAAACCAAAGCUGAGAAUAACACAAUGCUGCAUCAUCUUUCUGUUUUGUUAAAGCUCCUGAACACAGAAACUCUGGAGCAGCUUCAUGUUCUUACCUCCAGUUUGUUCUUAACACUUCAUCUCCAAGAAACCAUGUUCGUCAUUUUCACCAGUGGACCCUGUUUCCAUGGAGAAGCAGCUGGCCAGAGGUGUGACGUGAUUUAAAUUUAAAUCUGCAUCCAUUGCAUUCAGAUGAGUUCCUGCAGCAUGUCUGGAUUUCAGCUUUACAUCUGGCAUUUGUGGUGACAUUUCAGGAAUCGAUGCAGCCAUGAUUAUUCUGCAACAAUAGUGAUGGAGAACAAGGUGAAAAAAUAAGUGUUUAAAUGCUUUAAACUGUAAUUUAUUAAAUAAUUUAUUGUUAAUUUUCAGAUUUCCAAAGCACUGAUAAAUUACAGAUAAUACCUAGAAAAGGGCGGUGUGGUGGUUCAGUGGUUGUCACUGUGUCCUCACAGCUAGAAGGUUCUGGAUAGAAUCUGGUUCUGGUCUUUAUGUGGGAGUUUCCUUGUUCUCCCUGUUGGGUUUUCUCCUGAUGAUUCUAAACCAUACAGAUUAUUAAGUGGAGAGAUGAUGGAUGGAUUUAUCUAGUAAAGAAAAUGAUUUACAUGUUGAGUGUAACAAAACUGUACAUUUUGUCCACAUCGCAUGUCUGUAUUAUUAUAGCAAUUUGUAUUUUUGUUUCGAACUGAAAAACCAUGUUGUUAUUGUAUUUAAAUCCAAUAAAAAUAUCAAUAUUUAACUUGA